AUGGCGGCGGUACCGAGGGUUCAAACAUGGCGGCCGCGGCGUCCUGGUCGUUUCCAUGGCAACGGGGGAUCGAGCGGGCUCGUGGCUGCUCGGAGUGACCCCGAAAUGUCGCCAGGGGUGUCGCCAAUGCUGCUGGGGCCGCGGGAGCGUCACGGGCUCCGCCCCACGUCCGGUGUCCAUCCGUGUCCGGUGUCCGUCCAUUCCGGCCUCGGGACGCUUCUGUGGGAGCCUCGUGAUGGCCCCGGGACCCCGGGCGGGGAGGGCACCAGUGCACCCAGUAUGGACCAGUUAACCCAGUAUGGGCCAGGUAACCCAGACGCCCCGCAGGUCGCCCCCAUCUACCCCGACUGUAACCUGCCGGUGAUGGGGCAGCCCCCCACCCUCCACCCGCCCGUCCCCUUCAUCGCCACCAUUCCGGGGGGGCUGGUCCCCAAAAAAACCGUCGUCAUCAAGGGCUUCGUCCCCCACCACGCCAACAGGUUCCACAUCAACCUGCGAGCGGGCCCGGGGGGGGACGUGGUGCUGCACCUGAACCCGAGGAUGGACGAGGGCGACGCCGUGGUCCGGAACUCCCUGCUGGGGGGCAGCUGGGGCCACGAGGAGAGGGACAUCUCCUGCUGCAGCCCCUUCCAGCGCGGCCGCUACUUCGACCUGUCGAUCCGCUGCGGGAACCAUCGCUUCAAGGUGUUCGCCGAGGGGCAGCCGCUCUUCGAUUUCCACCACCGGGUGCCAGCCGGGCCCCACGUGGACGUGCUGGAGAUCGAGGGCGAUGUGGUCCUGUCCUAUGUGCACUUCUGACCCACAAAGUGUCCUGUCGCUGCCCCAUAAGUGCCCUGGAACAGCCCCGUAACUGCCCCGUAACUGCCCCAUAACUGCCCCCCUCAACUGUCCUCUUCCAACACUGACCUUAAUAAAGCUGUU